AUGCUGCUGCAGACAUCGAGCCCGUCUGGUGACCCGCGCCGCCCCGCCGAGCGCCACCUGCUGGCGUGGUGGUCGCUGUUCACGAUGCAGGCCGUCACGGCCUACUGCAGCUCCCUCGUCGCCCACCUCACCGCCCCCCACUUCCCGCCGCCCUUCGAAACCAUCCAACAGCUGGUGCGUGCAGGCGUCUACUGGGGCUUCUACAUCCCGCUGCCGCUGGAGUCCGUCUUAGACUUCGAUGACGUGACGGGGCGGCUGCGGCGCGGGGACUACGCGGUGCCGUCCAUGAGCUUCGGCCGCUACGUCUUCGUGGAGCAGCAGCUGCUCCUCCCCGAGGACAUGCGACGGCUGCGCAUGAUCAGCGAGUGCGCCAAAUACGACCUGCUCAGCCUCUAUCUGCGUCCGCACUCGCCGCUCACGCCCUGGAUAAAUCGGGUUUCAGAAAAUUCUCUUCAAAUUUAA